UAUAAACUAAUUUGGCUUUUUUUUUUUUUUUACUAAAAAGAUAACGGAAUACAUUUCGGCCAAAAUUUUUGGACAUGUUUAAUAGCAAAAGUCAAAAUUUUUUUUUUUUUUUCAAAAUUGUCAGCUUUUUUUUUUUUUUAUUAGCGCAAAAAAUUAAAAAUGCACAGGCGAUCAAAUACCACCGAAAGAAAGCUCUAUUAGUGGGAAAAAGGACAUAAAUUUCAUUUGGGUGCAGCGUUGCAUGACUGCGCAAUUGUCAGUUAAAGUAACGCAGCUCUGUAUCGUAAAAAAUGGCCUGGUCAGAAGGGGGGGUAAAUCCUCAGGAGGGCAAGUGGUUAA